UAGUAAAGGUCAUGUUACCGACAAUGUCGACAUUUACUCCCCAGAAAACAGUAGUGACCAUAAACCACAGAGUGUAAGAUGUCUAGGAGAAAUUCUAGUCCCGACUAGACACCAUAUAAAUCGGGAAGAAUUUAACAGAUUUGCAUUUGUGGUGCAUUAACGAGAAAAGUUUACAACGAAGUUCACCAGUUCCAGUCUUUAAAGUGAUGUAUUUCGCCUUUCACCCUCUUGAGACGCGAAUCAUAGAAGUGAUUCUGAUUUCAACUGAGAAUUAAUUUAGUUAAUUCGUUUGAUGUCGAUGGUUUGGUUUUGUGUGAAUGAAUACUUGUGCGCGAAAUAAAGAAAUAGUUUGUCCGAGGGAAUAGAAUGCGCCGUCAAUGAGAGUAACUUUAUGUAACAGCGGAAUUCUUGUGUGCAACAUUCGUUGUCCCCCCACAUUCACUGGGAAGUGGUAUUUCUGCAGUUCCGUUGAGAGAUCAAAGUGGGUGAUGAUAAUUGAAGUGCAGAAAAAGGAGGAAAGAGUAUCAAUAAUCUGUUAAGUGAUUGUGCACUCAAUUAGCAUUGUGGUGUUGUCUAGCUUGAACUCUUACGGUUAAAUACGUAGCCCUCGUAUUAGGCUUGAUUUUAUCCGGAGCCUAGAUCCUGAAGAAGUUGGGAAAAUGAUAAAUAAAAGUUCUGAGCUGCUAUUCAGUAGCAGCGGUGGCGCUAGCUCUAGUGGUAUUGGACUUGGCGGCGGCGACAGUGGAGGCGGUUGUGGAUCUGAAGCAAUUUCCUCAGACGAUAUUCAUGAAUCCGAUGCCGGCAAUGAAGAUUUUGCCGACGAUAAUAAUUUCGAGUCAAACCUACGCAGGCGAAAAGGAAAAAUCAUUUCAUGUGCCAAGGAAACAAUUGAGAACGCUUCCAGACAACUUCGAAGGCGUGUUCCAUACGCCGGACACCUGAUGACACCGAGACGCUUAUGGCUCAAUAAAAUUCCUACACAAUGUGAUGUCGUAAUUGAGUUUCCAGAAGACGCGCCAGAUGAGGCUCUCCGAUGGCUUCUGGCCCGAAUACGUCUACAACCGCCGGCCGGACUUGGUCUUAUAGCACAAGUUAAAUCACACGAAAGUACAAAACGAACUGCUUUUUAUAUAAGUGCUCCAACAAAUAUCCUCUACAAAGCUGCCGAAGAAGCACGACUUCCGAAGCGAUUGCGAUCCGAUCUAGGUGGUGCCUUACGUGAAUUCACAACACGUGAAAGUCAUUGUUUUUUACAAAUGAAAAAUGAAGAUGGAUGCACAACGUUAUUUACAUCACAAGAAAGACAGUGGUUAGUUUUACAAGUACUGCAAGGUUUACGGGCUGGCAAAAGUGAUAUUGGAGCGCUACAGGGGAAAGCCAGCGUUGAAGAAGGACAAAGUAUAGUGGCAGCUUGGCAAGAAUCCGGCCUUAUUCUACAAAUCUUUCCACUCCACGAAACAAGUGCUUUAACGAGGUUACAAAUGAGUUGGGUGAAAAAGGUGUUUGCACCGCAACCUCUAGACGAUAUAGCCGAAUAUUUCGGCGUCAAAGUUGCCCUUUACUUCGCCUGGCUUGGCCACUACACAUGUGCUCUGGGAGUUCCUGCUGUGUUUGGAACGAUCCUUUGGCUAGCACUUUGGGGUCGUGGUCAGACAGCUCAGGACAUGGGUCAUGUUCUCUUCUCACUUUUCAAUGUAGCCUGGGCCUCGCUCUACUUGGAAGCAUGGCGUCGAUACUCGGUGGAACUUGCCUUCCGAUGGGGUACCCUUUCAACGCCUCCGGAACUCUUGGAACCACCCCGACCUCUGUACAAAGGUCCGCUGGUGGAGAGCAGUGUGACGGGACGUCUGGAACCUAAGGAGGCACCGGCAUGGAAGCGUCGAGCAUUUCGAUACUUUGUCAGCUUCCCCAUCAUUGGAUUGUGUUUAGUGUUGGUAUUUGUUGUAAUGUUUCUCAUGUUGCAACUGCAGGAUUGGCUCGAUUUUUAUAUACCCGACCGAGGAGUUUUAACUUGCAUGUGCGAUUUUAAUAAGGAUUGGUGGGACGAAAAAUUGCCAGAGGGGGGUGUAAUCAGCUGCCUAAGUGUAAUACCGAAAGUUCUACUGGCAGGAGCCAUUACAUUAAUGGACGAAGCAUACUAUAAACUGGCUGUUUGGCUAAACGACAAAGAGAACUAUCGACUGCAAUCGAAGUAUGAGAACCAUCUAAUAGCGAAAGUCGCCCUGUUUCAAUUUGUUAACUCGUUCCUGUCGUUAUUCUACAUAGCGUUCUAUUUACGGGAUCAGGAGAAGCUGAAGGAGCAAUUAGCCGGAUUAUUAAUUUCACGACAAAUUAUCGGUAACCUGCGGGAGUCAGCACUACCAUACGUCGUGGAGCAAUGGCGCUUGGCAAAGUUGAGCUUCAAGAUGUGGGGAGCGUUGAGUCCUACACAGGAGACACAAGCAGCCCUUGGGACGGCGGCGAAUAAUUCAACGGAGUCAGUAGACCAGCCAAGUAGCGGACCAAAUCCGAAGAGGAGUAUUGGCCAGGCAGAAAUUGAGAGUUCAUUAUAUAAGUACGACGGAACCUUUUCCGACCACCUUGAAAUGCUCGUCCAAAUGGGAUAUGUUGUCCUAUUUUCGGCAGCAUUUCCUUUGGCCGGACUAUGUGCUCUGGCCAACAAUUUGCUGGAAAUUCGCUCGGAUGCAUUCAAAUUGGCACAUGUCCAUCAACGACCCUUCGGGCAACGAGUCGCGAAUAUUGGAACAUGGCAGAAUGCAUUGAGUAUAUUGAGUUUGGCUGCAGUAAUCGUUAAUUGUGCCCUAAUAGGACUGUCGGGACAAGUAUCCAGAUUAUGGCCGGGACUGACAACCACACAAACAAUAAUUCUAAUUGUUGCAUUGGAGCAUGUUAUGCUAGGACUCCGCUCAGCAUUAACGUGGCUCCUUCCUGAACUCCCAUCAUGGCUAGCGGCCGAAAUUGCUCGGGCUGAACACUGUCGUCGUGAAAUGCAAUGUAAAGGGCCAUCGCCCCGAGCAACACCCCCUUCACCACCGUCUACGACAUCGAUGUCGCAACAGGAGCAAAUGACUCCAGAUAUUGCGACAACAAACGAUCAAUCAAUAGAAAGCCAAUUAGCCGAGGACAUAAUUUAUGAACCAGGAAGUCCGGCCCUUGGAAGUCCUUUGUUGCAACAACACUUCGAUGAUCUUUCAUUGCAACGGAGUAGUAUAGAGGCUGAAGUUAAUAUAAAAGAGGAUAAAGACGUAUCACCAGAUUCUCCACCGUCACAGAUCAGUACAGUAUCAGUAAGACCCGUUCAUGAAACAACACAAUCACUAGCACCAUCGUCAAAUGUUGGUGUUUCCAUGCAAAACCUUCCACUAGAAAUUCCACCGUAUUCUGGCGCAUGUAAAAGUUGCAAGCAGAAAAUGAAAAUACCAGUAAUACCUUCAUUCCGAGGACAUUCAGUCAGAAAUCUUAGCUCAAAUGCUAAUUUGCACGCUUUUUCCGGGGCUUCAUCAAGUGCAAUGGCCCUAUCGCAAUCGAUAAAGGGAAUGCACAUACCAGAAAUACCACCGUUUCGUAAGAAAUCCUACGAUGAACCGCCAACUGUAUCCAGUCCAAGUUCAAGUGAUAUUGUAAAAAAGAUACGAAAGAACUCAUCACCGCCAAAAAUUUUCGAAAUUCCACCAUAUAAACCGAGAAAAUCCACCGAGUGGACACCGCAACCUAGUCACGGUGAAUAUAAUGCCAAUCUAUUACCGACCCAUGGUCCUGAAUGGAUGAAAAGACUGAAGGGUGCAGAUUCAUCUACAAUUCAUAGAAGCAUUGACUGUAUUGCAUCAAAGGAAUUAGCAAGCAAUUCAGAACCAGAUAUUUUAAAGCCCGCCCCAUCGUGGAGCAACGUUGCCACCACCAGUACCGCCAUCACAACCAAAGCGGAGCCCAGUUCGAGUGGAUCAACAUCUUCAUCGGCCCAGAAGUCCCCCACAACCGAUGACGAAGCCAAAGCUGCAGAGCUGGCCGCCAAGAAGUCACGACUGAAGCAGUCGCUGGUGAAACGUGCCCGAUCAGUGGCUAUAUUUUCGCUGAAGCUGAAGGAGAGACGACAGAAAGAAGCCGAGAAAGUAGCCGCGAUGGCUGUUGAACAUGCUAAGGCUAUAUCACGUGUCCCACCGCCCGGAGGUGAACUAUCCGUAAUACCGAUCGAGAAACUAAUUCAAGUCGAAGAUGUGAUAAAUGCGAAACCUUCACAUGGCUCAGGAACCUUGUAAAUAAAUUUCUGUACUAUUAAUAAUUAUAUUUAAAAUUAGAAUAAGAUAAUAAUUAAGACACCAUAAAAUUAGCAGAUUGAAAAGUAAAGAUCGAUAGAAAUCCAUAGUCAGAUUUUAGAGUAAAAUCGAUCUAGAUAACUACAUAGUUUUCAUUGUUGCCUGUUGCAAAUGUAUUUAUUUAUUUACUUAUUGUUAUUAUACAAUUGAAGCAGUUUGAAAACGUACAUAAGUCGCUGUAUCAAGUAGAGUCAGUUUUUAUAGAAAUUUCCUAUUCAAGAUUUUUUAGAUAUUUUUUUUCUGUAACUGAUUGUUUAUAGAUAUUCGUUCCUACGUUUGAUUUAGACAUACCAACGUUCAAUUUCCAUGAUUUGAAAGAAUUCAUAAAGUGGUAUAUAAUACAAAACACGGGUCUCCAGUGAUAUUUUAAAUAUUUUUUUUUAUUUAAAACUUGAAAUUUCCACCCAGAAUAAAGCAUUAAAAAAAGAUCAUUAAUUGUAUUUUUGGAAACCUAUGUUUUGCAAAAUAAGUAGCUUUUUUUAGGCAAUACAAUUAUUCCUUAAUUUAAUUGAUAAGUUUAUGAAUUAACUAAUCAAAUUAUGAAUUCAUUUUUAAUAUAUUCCUCUGUAGAGGAGCUUAUUUUCUAGACUCUCCUUCUAGCUAUGAAUGUUUUUAUAUUUUGCAAGCAAUUUUAAUCAAAAAACUAUCCUAUAGCUUCUUGUAUCUUAUUAUAAUUCAAAAGGGUCAUUGCACACCAUUUGAGUAUAGUAACAUUUUAAGCACUUCACAUUUCUGCCCAUGCUCCAGAACUCUAGAACAUUUUUUAUGCAAAUUUCAAGGUAUUCAUGACAAUAAUUGGACCUAAAAGUCUUUAUUAGAACAUUUGGAGAGUCUUUGAACUUGAUUAAUGACGGGUAGGUACCGCAGGUCAGUGAAGUGGUCAUAAAUCAUGGUGCAUUUUAAAGUACAUCAUGAAACCAUCCAAGACCAACUAAUUCUGGAAAACCAACUGAUGCUGCAAAAAAGUCCUUAAAUUUUGAGUUUUUCGCAAGUGCUUUAAUCUUUAGAAUUGUCAAUUAGAUUGUUAUUAGAGCUAAUUCAGACAAUUUCUAUUCAUGUUUUAAUAAUAUUAGUUGCCUGAAAAUAACACCAAAUAUUCUGUAACUCUCAUGCCUUCUUGGUAGGUCAAAUGGUAUUAACUCAUCCUGAUCAAUGAGAUUAUUUAAGUUAAUCUAUCUAAUCUACUCUUAUAGUGGUAAACUCAUAUGAUUGAAGCUACUUCGUUUGGUUAAGUCUAAUAUAGAUACAUAAUCAAAAGAGUAUUUUUUUGCUUAGAAUCCUGUAGUUGUUGUCUAAAAUAUUGCACCAUUGUAACAUAAAAAGGUGAUUGAUUCGUGCCAGGGGAACAUAGGUCGGGUAAUCAGGCUAAGAAAUUUAUUACAAAUACGUACUUCGCUUAACUAAAUAUUCAAUUUUUUUGUGCUUUUUAUUGAUAUUUGUUGAUUUUGUAAGGAACCUUCAAAAUCGAAUUGACCAAAUGUCGACGAAUAAGGACCAGCGCUAGGACAGACUCACCACCAUCUCUAAAAUUAAAGUCUUGUAUUACUUUUAUUUUAUAGUACUCAUCCAUCUGCAAAGAUUUCCUUACCUUUUAAAUACUUUACUUCAUUUAUGCUUACCCGAAACUCUACAUCAUGGGGAACCACCGCUCCGAGCACUAAGGCUCUCCCCUAAAAUUGUUUAUUUAACAGGCUCCUGCCUGGAGCAUUCACUGACUUUUGCAAAUCUGAAAACAUCUUCCCGAGAUAGAGGGUGCGCAGAUUCUUCAGAAAACCGCGGUAUGUUCAUUUGAAAUCUGAGGAGGCCAGGCACUGGCACAUAAAGGACGGGUUCGUCUUUUCCUCUUCCUCACAUUGGUUACAUAUGUAUAGUCGGGACCACCGCCCUAGGUUUUUUGGUUUUCUUAAAAACAAAAUCUUAUUAAAAUCGGUUUACUGUCUGUCUGUUCGUAUGUGUUUUUUUUAAGGAGGUGGAAAUCUUCAAAAGGCUCUGCCUGGGCACGCCAGAAUGUGAGAUUUUUACCACCUAAAAACACCUCCGCAAAACCAACAUUAGGUAUUACAUCACGGGGCGGAGUCAGCUCGCUCUAACUUCUUUACUUUUUUUCUCUAAGCGGCGUACGUAACCGCGCUUUUUUCCUUUCCUCUGCUUUUCGCAGUUUGUUCUGAUAUAUGCGAUCAUGAAGUUGAUCAAAAUCCAAUCUUUCUCACAUAUUGCCAUUCUCGGCAUCACAUUUUCUGGUACCCACACUUCUCCUAGAGACUCCUCUAGGUUCCUCCUUUCUUCUACAAACCAGUGGAAGAAUACAAGCUCUGGGUCCUCUCCAUUAGAGGUUGGACAAUUGGUUGAACUGUCUAGCUUAAACCUGUGCAGGCACUGACGAUAUCCUCCAUGCUCUACAAAAAACUUGGGAAGAUCCUUGAUGGUAGGAAUCCGCCUGUGAGUCCACUGACUCCUUCCCUAGCGUCCCCAAUGCUCUUGUCAUCUAUUAACAAAUGUCUCCCUUUCGGUGUAUUUCGUCUGCGAUAAGGAAGAGAUUGGUUUCUCAUUGUAUACGCCCGUCAUCUAAUCUGACGAGAUGUCAAUCGCAUCAUUUCCAAGAUGACGAACGCUACAUCAUCUGAGACAGUCUUGAAGGCAGAACACACCCUUAGAACCGUCCUCCUGUAGACUGCACUCAGUUUAUGAACGUUAACUGAAAUCUACAACACCUCUCCCCAAACUGGGGUCGCAUAGAGCAUGUAUAAUGAAGUAUAUGGAUAGGGAAAAUUACCCGCAUGAUCUCGGGUCUCAAGCUACGACACAGGGUUUCUGACAGUUCAGCCUCCUUGGGCGAUUGCUGGAGUCUAGACAGCAAACUUCGGAUGUUCUUGUAAAAUUCCGCGAAGGGUUCUUGGUCUUUUUGGGUCAGCUUUGGAUCCGCUCUCAGGGAUCAAUGUCUGGCAAACGAUCCCGAAUUUGGUCCCGGAGGGCGCCCUGCAGAUCUAGGCACUGAGUGUAUGUGUUGCCUUGUCGAUAUUUCCAUUAUCAGUCCGCCACUUCUCCGGUAAAUAGUAAGUAGGCGUAUUCCAACAACAGAAAAAAAUUCCCUUGCAGAGUCGAAUACGCUAAGGAUUCGACCCUGAGAAGGAAUUUAUUUAUUGGUAGAGAUCCCUUGGACCAGUCAUAUCUUAAGCCCCGAAAGUUCAAGAUAUGAUAUAUUUUAUCCGGAGACCUUAUGCAACGCACACGUCCUGACUGGGAGAGUUAAAGCGGAUAAUCGCGACGAAAGUGAAACAGGAGCUGGGGGUGAUCAAUCCUCGUAGGGUUUUUAGGCGUGGAAGAGCGCUUUUCCCCGUCCGGCACCUCCUUGACACACAGACUCAGCCUAGAUAUUAACUUGGCUUCUAGAUACGACACCGAAGGUGAUUCCGGCAUCACAUCAUAUAUGGGCCGUCGUGUUAGAAGUUCCCCGUUGGGUGCCGUCUGUCGGGGGAUAGGCGGAGUCUUCGAGGGUGGCCAAAGUCCAACGGUGUUUCGUUCGCGCCCCCUGAUGAUGGGUUUUCGUCCAACCCACUGCUCCUCGCUCAUUUCCAUUAAAUUCAGGAUUGCCUACGUUCCCAGAAAUUUUGAUUCAAGCAAAUAUAUUUAAAAAAAAAAAAACCCGUAACUCAAUCAAAACUCGAUCAGAGAAAAAAAUGAAAUAAAUCAAAUUGAGACUCAGAAGUCAAAAGGGCAAAAAAAAACUAUUGCCUCUCUCUCCCUAAAUUGUCAACUCCUUUUCUCGACUCCCACAAAACACUCGCAUGACCAAUUGCCAUACCAAUCUCAGGAAAUUAGUUUCACCUGUGUGCAGAAAAAUGUCCGCCCACGGUGCUUGUCAACAUCGCAGAGAAUGAAAUAAUAAAACCAACAAAAGGGAUCGCGAGAAUUCGAUCUUCUUCGCUUAGAGUCAGAAAUCAAGGAGAGGAUGAUUCGUUGAGGACGGAACGCCACAGUAUGUAGCCGACUGCCUCCAUAUUCCAUUAAGGAUUCAUCUCACCCGUCACUUAAUCCCUACGAAGAAGAAAAAUUAGUUAAUUUUUCAAGCCGCUUCAUAGAAAGGUAGGAAAGAACACUCCUCAGAAGCUCCGAUGCUAAUAGCUUGCAACAUAUAGCCGCAAAGGCCCGUAAAUCCAGAGACUUCUGGGAUGCGGACCUCCCUUCUUCUUGUUUUGGCAAAAGGAUUGCGAUUAUUUUGAACAAGAGUCGCGGGCAUGUGACUUGGAAUGAUUUUUGUCCACGAAUCUUAUUCAUUACAGCAGCGCCCCACGGGUUCGUAUUUGCUUCAAGGCACAACUGCUUGUAGUAAUCCCUCUUAAGGCUACUUCGAAAAUCGCGGUAUUCUUUCUUCGACUGCUAAUGUUCUGGCUUCCAUCUUGUCCUUUGGCAAAGCCUCCUCGCUCACAAACACCACCUGCAACUUCCCGGUCAUCUACUCUCGCUCUCCCGUUGCACAACAUGCAUCGUGGAUCUGCCUUCUUCAUCCUUUUAAUGGCACUGUCUUCUAGGUUAAAUUGUUCCCUUAACGCAGCACAGAUAUCCUCUGGUGAUGUGACCUCGCCUAGGCCUUUGCACUCGGUCACUAUUUGUUGCUUCCAAGCUUUCUCGUCUGCUUGCUCACCUGGCAGCGAAAGGCAUCCACUUUGUUUAGUUCCCGCAACAGAUCCUCCUUUUGGGUACACCUGAUUUGGCUCACACAGGUCUGUCAGUUUCGAAUGUCGGCGUAGGACAUUUCUCCUUGCUCCACUUUUUGCCGCCCACCUUUGUUCAUUCUUCGGGUUUACGAGCUGUGGUCUGUUCCCCUUUUCUCACAGUUGGACCCUUAAUCGAAGAACUACCCGGAACUUUCGCCGACGUAGCUUUCUUUGGCGAAAGGGGCUUUUUACUUCUUGGCUGCUUGUUGGGCAUCAAGGGAUUAUUCCAUCCCUAAUCGGUUUGCCUCUUACCUAUCUUACGUUGAGGUGGCGUCACUUGCGUCUCCGUGUGACGUUGCCACAUGACGCUUCGGCGUUUUUCUCCACCACCCCCUAAUAUAAGACAAAUUAAUACCUCGCAACAGAGCCCUGAUAUUUUGGUGGAUAUUUCGCCUCUCUUUAUAGAACUCACAACUUCCACGAUCGCAUUUCACAGCAUCGAUGGUUAUGUCACUCAGGGGACUCUCCAAGAUCCUCUCCGAGUCACUCGACGAAUCUCGAUUGCUUAGGGGUAAAGUUGGCUUCAGUGGUGACCUCCCAAGUUUGAGCUUUGUCAAAAAGGAUCCAGUGUAGAUCUCAUUUCGUUUCCACUAACAUUUCUUGUAGCAUUAGUUGCCAAAGUAGCCAAGUUUCCCACUACUGAAGCCCUGCGGUCGUUGGAUAUCGACGGCUGGGAGCCCGCUUGUCCACUCCCAAAAACCGCCGGUACUGGGUUUCCGAAGUCCUGCACCGUAAAAAAAACUACCCUUCUCGUCCUCCAUAUUUAGUUUGAGUUCUGGGUGUCCUUGCCAUAGCCAAUUUUUGUUCACGGGUGGGCGUUUACUUCCCAUUGAUAAUUGAUAAUAUAGGAACAACGAAUUUAGGUAAGGUUUUAUUUAAUUUUAUUCUUUAGGUUUAAUUUAAGUUUUAGUAAUGGCAGUACAAAUGCAACUGUUUGAUUUGAUAUUUUUUCUUUUAUCCACUAACAUUCAAUUCGUUCAUCCUCUCUAGAUUCAUUGUAUUAUUGAAUCAGACUUCUGUUGAGAAAUGGUACCAUAAAAGUGUUACUUAUAUACAAUUAUGUAAAAUAAAAUUCGUAGGACGCACUGAGAAAUAGUAAAAUAUAAAGCAGUGUUCUUAUACCAACAAUGAAUCAUAAACCACCAGAAAUCCAUAUUUUCUAUUUAACAUUAAUUGCUUGAGAUAAGUUUAGGAAGAUCAUGUUGAGUUAUUUAGUAUUUAGCAUGAUUUCAAAUGUUUUUCCCCAGAUAGAAUCAGUGAUGAUAGUUUAGUUUAGAUUAGAUUAAAAUAAUAACGAAAUUCAUUAAAUAUCAUAAAUAUAAAGAGCUUCACGGAGUAAGAAAGUAUUACGAAGACGCAUACGAAACUGUUCAGUCCAUAAAAUAUACAUAACGCAACAUGUGACGAUAAAUUCAUUCGCGAGCCAAAAGAAAAAAGAAAAGAUAAAUAUCCUGUCCAUAUCUGUGUAUAAAAUUUUCGUACUGAAAUUUAGAAGACUAUAUAAAAUAAAACGAAAAACUUUCCAUACAAAGAAUUAAUAGCAUCACAAAAACACAACGCACAUAUGAGAUACAUAUGCACACAAACAAUAAAAGACAAUUACAACCAUCAAAUUAAUACUAUAAAUAAACCAUAAAUGAAAACUUUGGGGAAAAUCUUAAAAACUCAAAAUUGACACCAAAAACCAGUUUCAAGUUACAAUUGUUAACACAAUUACAGAUUCGAAACCCAAAAUAGUAAACCGAAAGACAAAAAAAAAGAUUCUUCUGCUCAAAUCCAACUACAAAACAAUUUAUUUAUGAUAUAAAGGAAACUUUUAUGGUCUUGUCAACUACGAUAUUCACCGGCAAAGAAUAAAUCAAAUAUCAAACUAUCUAAAUGAACUAAAGUACUAAAUAGUCGGAAAACCAAGUGAAGCGAGAAAACAAUAGACUAGAAACCAUUCAAGAACAACCACUUUUAAUAUUUAUUUAUUUUAAUCAAAAAAGAGUAGCAGUAACACCUUGAAACUUAGGCCAUAGGGUGUAGUGUAAUAAAAUGUAACACUGCUAUUAAUCAAACGAAUGAUACUGAAAGAAAAAUUAAAAAAAUCCACAACUACACACAACUAAAAGAAAAAAAAGAUAAAAUUAUAUUAAAAUAAGGGGAAAACCAUGUUGAAUUGUAUGUAAGAAGAUUUGAAACGAUACAAUGGUGAUUUUUAUUAUAACUACUACUAAUAUUAGUGAAUAUGUCAAAGAAAAAAUAUCUCC